GCGCUGCAGUUUCCGGUGUCUGUAUCCCUGUUUUUUUCAUUCAGAGUUUUGAAGGGUGGUGCCUGUCUUCUCAUUUUCGGGUUGUCUUACUUAUUAGCAGACCACUUCUUUGAAAAUUAUUUUAUUCGAGAUUCAGCUCUAUUAACAUAGCGGACAACUACCGCUUACUACGCUCCCACAAAAAUUUUUUGGUGAAGAAGUUUGCCCGACAGCGCGACACCGAGAUUUGCGGAUUGUGGGGAGAGGCGCUGUUGAUAACACCAACACGCACCGAUGCAGGCCAUAAAGUGUGUGGUUGUCGGAGAUGGGGCUGUGGGAAAAACAUGCCUGCUUAUCAGCUAUACCACCAAUGCCUUUCCAGGAGAGUACAUUCCCACUGUAUUUGAUAACUAUUCCGCCAAUGUAAUGGUGGAUGGCAAGCCUGUCAAUCUGGGAUUGUGGGAUACUGCUGGGCAAGAAGACUAUGACAGGCUCCGCCCUUUGUCCUAUCCCCAAACUGAUGUUUUCCUGAUCUGCUUUUCACUUGUGAGCCCUGCCUCCUUCGAGAAUGUGCGAGCUAAGUGGUACCCAGAAGUCAGACACCAUUGCCCUAAUACUCCCAUAAUCCUUGUGGGCACCAAACUUGAUCUGAGGGAUGAUAAGGACACCAUUGAGAAGCUGAAGGAGAAGAAGCUGACACCGAUCACUUACCCUCAAGGCCUGGCCAUGGCUAAAGAAAUUGGAGCAGUGAAAUACCUGGAGUGCUCUGCCCUGACGCAGCGGGGGCUAAAGACGGUCUUUGAUGAGGCCAUCCGUGCUGUGCUCUGUCCACCUCCAGUGAAAAAGAGAAAGAGGAAGUGCUUGCUGCUCUAGGUACAUGCAGACAUUGCUGCACUGAGAAAAUCUCCAGGAGGAGGAUGAAAAGACACAAUGUUGACAUCCAGACAGACCUUUUUUAUUGUAACAACUUACAAUAAACUGAUUUUACUGUAUGCAUAAAAUUGUAAGUAGACUGUUAGCUUUAGUAAUGGAUAAGAUCAAAGGCCCAUCCCUAUAAUUUACAUGCCCUAAAGUCUAAAGUAAUUCCAGAGGCCUUCUUAAAGUACUUUCUUCCUUUAACUUUUAUGAAAAGUAAACAUAAAACUUAAUUUUCCUUCCUGAUGAAAAUUUAUAUUUACAGUCUUCAGCUGUAUUUAAUUGAGGUUUUUCCAAAAUUCAGAUCUGAGAUCAUUACAACCGUAAAAGCUGUACUUUGAACAGAUGUUUCUAUUUUGGUUUACAUCUCUGAAAUCCAGUUAAAUUUUUGUUUAGCAGCAAAUUGUAGCCUAGAAAGAAAACUAGAAAUAAUUUAAGACAUAGAGAACUGGUCCGUGGCAACCGAUUCUAAAAUAACAAACCCAUUUACUGCAAACUACAGAGGCUUUUUGACUUGUAGCAUCAGACAGGAGUUAUGCAGGAAUUCAGCUUUCCUGUGUGUUUAACGUACAUGAUGGAAUGGUGAUUCUGCCCAUAUACCAUCGUUGAGACUUGAGGAACUCGAGCUGCUCUUCUGGAAUUUGUUACGGUGUGCUGUGUCUCAGCCAGAUGAAGGUGUGAGGAGAUGUGCUCUCGCACCAAGCACCUUCCCAUACAAACCCAGUUGAAACGAUGCAGAACUGUACUGCAGUUGGUGAGGAUGGGCCUUUUCAUGUGUAUUAUGAAGAUUGCUUUGGAAUGCGCUUGGAGCUUCACAUUGACAUCAUUCGGUCUUGGGCAUUUAUAAUUAAGCCUUCAUAAAAGUCAUUCCUUUGUCAACAAUAUUUUCCAAAACAGAACACUGAUUUAAAGUAUUUCUCUGUUUAGAAACCUAUUUGUAUGUCUGAAAUUGUAAUACCCUUAAGCUACCCUGUGGCUGCUUCAUCUUUGUCAGUGUCCACAUAAUAUACAUUCAAGGGUUUCUGUUGCCAUAUGAAUAGGGUGUUUUUAUUACUUGUUACUUUUAUUAAUGGAAAUUACACUGCUCUAUAUUAACUAACACUACAAAUUUUGUUUAUUACCUCUUAAUGCAAAUAAUUACAUUAAUUUCCUUUCAGCUGUAUGGUGUUAUGGUAUGCAAUGUACUUUUUACUGACAGGUAAAAUUUGUACAAAUCUGUGUUUUUUUCCAUCUGUAAAGCAGCUGCAGCUGAAAUUGCACGAUGGAUGAUGGCCACAUUCAUAUCAGUAUUCAGACUUCACCUGCAAUACUGAAAUACCACAACACUAGUCAUAUUAAAGCCUUAUUCUGAAAUGCUUACUCUAGAAUGUGACCCAGAACAGAAUAAAAGCUGUCAGUGUAAUAUGCUUGUAUUCUAAAAUGGAAAGCAUUCAAAUGCUGUUAAGCUAAACACUGGCUGUAGGAGUUGAAGUAACUACUUUAAAUUCAGAACUUCGAAAAGCGGACCUUUAAUGAAACCUCCACUGUUGUGUGACGACUUUAAUUUUGAGUAUUCAGAACUUGACGCUACAUCAUGAGACUUCAAGCAUGUGUGCAGGAAUAAGAACAUUUCUGUGCUUUUCAGAGUACAUAGUUGGGAAAUUACUUGGCAUGAGCCAGUAUUUUUUGAAAAUGAUGUGCAUGUAAAUGUGGGCCAUUGAUUUGGUUUCUUUAUGUUCAGGCAUUCAGCAGUGCAUUAUUUCAACUCUUCACAAUUUCUAGGUAAAAGUGUAUCCUCUUUCCCAACCUUUUUUGUUGAUUUUAAAAAAGCCAAUAAAUGUUUGAAACUUA